AAUCCAGGAUGUCGACGUCGUCGUUAAAUUUGAAAGUGAAGGUGAAGAUGUUGCCACUCUUCAAGGUGCAAUUGAGCAACACAAAGAAGAAGUUAUUCUCUCUGAUGAUCAAGAGAUCGGUGCUGUGAAGUUCAACUUGACUUUAGUAGGUGCUUAAUUCGAAUUCUAAAAACUUGUUAUACAUUUCUUAUCGUUGUAUAUUGUUGGCGGUUUGCAGGUUAAGCUGUGUAUAGGUAAUUCUUCCUGAUACCCUUAUUUACUGAAUUGGGACCGUAUGACAAGACACAUGCUAACCCCGCAAAAAGAGAAGAACCAAUGACUUCAUUUUUCAUUGCUGUGGUCGGCAGAUUCUUCCCCCUCAUCCUUAAUAUAUCCGAAUGAUCGUUACUGUGCCCUAAACAAAUCUGCUUGUAGACAUGGAAGUAACUCAUUAAAGGAUUGUAAUUAAUACAUUUACUGAAGUGAAUUCUGCUAUGGAUAUUGGGAAUUUAUAUAAGAAUCUCCACAUGCUAUGCUAAGCCUCUGUUCACGCGAAAGGUACAGUUACAACUAAAUUAACCCCGCAUUUAUUAUGAAACUGACUUUAAAGGAUUAAUUACCAAAAAAUAUUGUAAGCCCGAUGCUUCUCUCUUGUCAGUGUAGUCCUCUUGCGGAAAUCCUAAAUCACUUAUGUAUUGAGUUGUUCCUGACGACGAGGCUGUUCGGGUGGAUCUUUUUAAACACUAAACCCCGCAUAAGUUACCUAUGACCAUAAUGAUCCCCACAAACGACCUUGCAUAUAUUAAAAAGCUAUACACUAAUUUACAGGUACGACGGAGUCUCCAGAGUAUAAAUAUCUGCUUGUUUUUGUACUCCUUCUUCAUACUAAACAACCACAAUCGAAUAUGUUCAAGUCAAUCAUCGCUUUAGCUCUUCUCGCAACCGCUACUACUGUCUCUGCAGGAGGUAUGCAAGUCUGCACUGGUAAAGGAGGCUGUAUCGAAAAACAAAUCACCAAGGAUUGUUGCGCUGCUGUCGGCGACCAAAAUGGUAGGUUAUCCACUAUCAACUUAUAACAGUAUUGACACACUGGAAUAGCUUGGUUUGAUGAAUCAAACCAGUUAGUAUAGCUUCAAUUAAAUUUAUCAAUUUCUAACGCUAUAACAGCCAAUGUACUCCAUACUCUAGCGGUGGUAUCAACACUGGUGGUAUGGUCGACUGCUGUGCCAGCAGAGGUGCUGGAAGCCAGGAAGACCAUGAGUUGACCUUAAAAACAUGUUAAAUCGACCCUUAAGAUAUGACAGACCAAUGGGAAAUUGGAAUUUGUAUAUUGACAAAUCUAUAAUUGAUCAGCCAAUUACAUAAAUCAUGACUGAGAUUGUGAGACAUUGUGAUUUUGAAUAUGAACUUGUACAAUGUUAAAUCGAUAACCGAACGGCAAGAGUUGCAAAAAUAGCUAGUGGU